AUGUCUCCCGAUGAGCUGGUAUAUUUGGGCGUCCUUGCUGCCUCCGUCCCUGUUGGGUUCCUCUUUCGCUAUCUCAGUUCAUCUGUGAAGCAGGUGGCGUCUCUCUUUCUGGGUUUGUCCAUCACCAUCGCUUUGUGUCACAUCCACACUCUGCACUCCCUGGUGACGGUGAUAGGAACAUGGAUUAUCAUUAAGAGCAGCUGGCGGCACGCCCCAGCACUGAGUCUCAGCUGGACAUUUCUUUACCUGCUCUUUUUCCGUCUGGUCACCUGGUUCGAUCUUCCCCAGCCAACACCGUUUGCCAACGCCGUCCAGCUACUCCUCACUCUUAAGAUGGUCAGUCUUGCCAAUGAGGUGCACAGCUUCCAUGUAGAGAAGAAGAGAGAUGUGAGCUCCUUUGCUAAGUCUCCAGUCAUUGGUGGUCUGUCUCAAGAACCUUCCCUCUACGACAUUCUGUCCUAUAGUUACUGUUAUGUCGGUAUAAUGACCGGCCCGUUCUUCCGCUUCCAAACAUACAUGGACUGGCUGAAGCAGCCGAACCCGCUGGCUCUGCCCAGCUGGGAGCCUUGUCUACAGCGCUUGAAGAUGGUCCCAGUUUUCGGGAUUCUGUUUGUGACCGUCAACUACUACUUUCCACUUUCCCACGUCCGCACCGACGAAUUCCUGAACCAGAACUUUUUCUUCAGGUUGUUCUACAUGGUCGCAGUGUUUUUUGUGUUCAGGAUGCGUUUCUAUUCGGCGUGGUGUGGCGCUGAGGCCGGCUGCAUCAGCGCUGGUCUCGGCUGCUAUCCUGAGAAAGCGCUUUCAAAACCUGGAGGGGGACCCAGCGUGAACUACAGCACUGAUCCCAGCACUGAAGAGAAAUACGACUUCAAAACCAUCCAGAACAUUGAUUGUUACAACUCGGACUUCUGUGUGAAGGUCCGACACGGGAUGCGUUACUGGAACAUGACGGUGCAGUGGUGGCUGCACCACUACAUCUACCCAAACGCCCCCUUCAAGUCCUAUGCACUCAGAGCUGGAUGGACCAUGUUCAUCAGCGCCUACUGGCACGGAUUACACGCAGGCUACUACCUCUCCUUCCUCACCAUCCCGCUGUGCAUCGCAGCAGAGUCUGCCAUGGAGUCUGCCGUCAGGUCCAAACUGGGUCCGACCGGACAGAACGUCUUCGACUGUAUCCACUGGUUCCUGAAAAUGAGGGCCUACGACUACAUGUGCAUGGGCUUCGUGCUGCUGAAGGCGUCCGACACCAUCAACUACUGGAUGUCCAUCUACUUCACCAUGCACGUCGUUGCUGUCGGCUGCAUAAUAGUGGCCAAGGUCUUGAAGGGGGGGAGGAGAGACGGGAAGAAAGGGGAGAAGGAGCGAAUAAAUGAGGAAAAGACUGAAAACGUGAAAACCGGACAGAAAUCAGAAUGAAUGGAGGAACAGAAAAGGACUGGUUUUAGCUGUUUUAGUCAUGUCUCUACCAACAGACACGACAUCGUUCCAAGACCGUUUCUUCUUAGAAAAGUCCAUUUUAUUAAAAAUGCAGUGAAGAGUGUCAUUUGUGAAACUCUGUUAAAAAUAACUACUAAAGCUUUUUCUGUAGAUUCAACUAAAAUCCAGUGAAUUGUGGGAGAGGAACUGGGAGAGUGAAUGUUGCUUUUAUUUUGUUGAAUGUUUCAAUGUCGCAGGGAGUUAUACAUCAAGAGCGAAAGUCCAGACUUGGUUUUUAGGAACUGUCGAAUGAAAAUGUGAUAAAUAUCACAUGACAAAACAGACAAAUGCUAGGAAUAUAUCAAGAAGUAUUACAUAUUAUAAUUGGACAUAUUCUUAAAUGUAAAUCUUGAGGCAAAUCGGCUGUCUUAAUGUGUAAUUCAAAUUUGUUCAUGCUGAAGAAAGGAAUUUACAAGAUGUUUUUCUAUCGAAAUGCAUUAAGCAAGUGUUAAAUAUGAACAUUUCUGCUCUUUAACUUCUUCUUGGAUCCUGUGAACUCCAAACGUUGGUAUAGUUGGAUCUUUAUUCCCUCAUUUUCCUCUCGCUGUUCGGACUUCAGAUGAAAUGACGAGCAUAUCCGGUCUCCUCUGCAGCCGUGUUGUUUCCACUGUGUGGCGUCCCAUGUGAAACACUGCUAACGUCCAUUUACUGCCAAAAUAUCUGCACUGCCGCUACGCACCAUUCAGGGUCGGGACCAAACUUUUAAAAGGUCGCUAGUCUUCUUCUUGUUCCAUUAUGCUGCCAAUAUUGUAUAUGAUAACACUGUUUGGCCUGAGCGACACCCACGAAAUCAAGAUUUUAUUUCUUUUUUAAGGUGAAUAUAUAUUACAAUGUUUAAAAAAAAAAAGGUUUGUUUUCAAAUGGGAGCAUUACUGUGAUAUAAAAAAGAUAAUAAACCAAAGUCUUCCCCCUGAUUUACCAUCUUUAAUAUGGAUAAGUCCAAAUAAAUUAUAACCAUGAGUUAUAGGAGAGCCCUAAAUGCGUUUGAUAAUAUUUUGUUUAGAAAUCUUUUGAAUGUUUCAUUUACGCUGGACCUAAACUGUGUCAUUUUGUCGUGCGUUUGUUUUGUACGGCAGGUUGUUGAAUCUUUUCUGCUCUGUUUGGAGGGAGGGUCAUUUGAAAUGCAAAUCGUUUUUGAAACCCACACAGAGACAGUUUGUUUUCAUAAUGAUGCUGUUACACUUUGGGUCUAUAGGAAACCUAACCAUGGGUAUUUAUUUUUCCUCCUUUGUGUUUGUGUUUUAAACCAUUCUUCUUGCUUGGAAACAGAAUUAUAAAUAAAAUCUGCCAUUUUGUG